AUGGAGAAGAAGCAAGCUAAAAGCCAUAAAAAGGUUGAGAUGAGAAAGAUGAACAAUGAAGAGGAUCGCCUUGUUUCCUUCUCGAAGCGCAGAUCUGGGAUCUAUAGAAAGGCAAGUGAGCUUUCUACCCUUUGCGGUGCAGAAGUUGGUAUUUUAGCUUUCUCCCCGAAUGGGAAGCCAUUCUCAUUUGGUCAUCCAUGUAUCAAGUCGAUUACUAAUAAGCUUUUAAGUGAAAACCAUACACCAUGUGAUGGUACCCAAAAUCUUCUUGAGCCUUAUCGUCGUGUUAGGCUUAAUGAGCUUCACCAAAACUAUAAAGAAGCUUGCACGCAAAUGAAAGCAGCCAAGGAGCAAGAAAAGAAAAUCAAGAAAAAAAGCCUAGACAGGAGCAAGGGCCGGUGGGAAGAACCUGUUAUUGAGCUUGAUAUGGAUGGUCUCAAGCGAAGGGCCGAUCUGAUUCAAAAGCUUCAUAAGCAUGUUCAACUCCAAAUCAAGGAGCUACAGACCAUGGCAUCAUCUUCAACUUCACCAUCUGAUACCCAAACAAAUGAAAAAAGGAUUGAUGUACAACCUGUCAUCGAGCAGAUAGGAGGAAUUAUUAUUGAUGGAUCACCUAGACUGAUGAUAGCUAGCGAACAAUCACUACAGGCUGCGAAUAACAAAAAGGGUAAAGAAAAAGAGGUGCAAUCUAAGGGUCAAUCUCUUUUGAAAGGGAAGUCUCCUGUGGGGAAGAAUGUGGCAGUAACUAGCCCAAGUAAGAAGCCAACUGAAGAGAAUAUGAAGGGGAAGGGGAAAGAGCCUGAAACUGAAAUGACUCCAGAGGAAGCCAUAAAGAAAGCUAAAAGAGAUAAGAAGAAGAAGGAUAAAGAAAUAGAAAAAGUUUAG